GAUGGCUUCCACCUUGAUCUGCUUCAUAAUUGUUGUCUUAGUGGUUCAACGGACCUAUGGUGCCAGACUUCCGGAUCCAUUGCUAGUCGGAGGAACUGCUUCAUCCUGGGGUAGUUUCCCUUCAGCGGCCUUCAUUAGGACACCAUUCUUAAGCUACUGUGGAGCGGCAGUUAUCCACCCUGAAUUCGUGAUUACCUUAGCUCAAUGUGUUUUCAAUACAACCACUCAGCCAGAACACUAUGAAGUCAUUGCCGGGGAUUUGAAUAUUUUUCCGGAGUCCUUCCAGAGGCAAGCAAGGAAUGUGCUUGAAGUUAUCAUUCACCAAAACUACACGGAAUACAACCUAAAGAAUGACAUUGCUCUGCUGCGUGUAGAUCGUUCAUUCACUCUACCUUCCAAUACGGUUGAGUUGACUGUUCGGAGAACUCAAAUUGUCCCUAACGGUGCGGUGUGUGAACUUCCCGGAUGGGGUAUCAUAAGCACGACUUCGGUUGGUAAGAUAGAAUCCAGUCAAAAAUACUUGAGUCUAGAGAUUCUCGAUCGUGAUAUGUGCAACGAGGCCAACAACCACGCGAGCCACGUGCGAGAAAAUAUGCUAUGCGCAGGAAAUUUGUUCCAGAGUACGAAUGCAGUCUGCAGUGGAAAUUUCGGUUCUCCUCUGUACUGCGAGGGACAGUUAACCGGAAUGCUGUCGUUUGGGGUGAACUGCGGCUUGCCGAAUGAUCCACCGGUUUUCACCCAGGUUCGGUACUUCAAUCGCUGGAUCGAUGAGCAGAUUCAAAGCCGAAUGAAGCAAUGA